AUGACGUACAGGGCCGUCAGCGGAAACGAUUGGGUCAUUACCAAUCUGGGAAUUGAUGCGCAUGAGUGUGCUCGAAAAAUGGAGACAAGGCGCCAGCAAUUCCUGCAGGUGCCUUUUUCUGGCUGGUCACGAGCCUGGUGGGCAGAUCUCGGCUCUUUUUUUUUUUUUUUUUUUUUUUUUUUUUUUUUUUUUUUUGAAAGCCUGACAAUCAUUGUCGACACAUGGGAGGCAGACUUUUCGUGGCGCGACUGUUCCACAAAUCCAAACACUCGCCAGCCGAUCAGGAUCCUGCGCUACCGCAUGGAUCGGCUGACCAUUUGUUGGGACAUCGACGAGCGGACAGAAUUCGGCACAUAUGUAUAGAUCCAAGGUCAGAGAGACGGGACAUAUAAUCCAAUGCUUUCCCACUCAGAUGCCCAAUGUAUGUACUGUAAGCAUGUACUAGUGACUGCACAUACUUAAUCCCAGCCAGAGAUUUGGAAAAAAGAAUCAAGGCAAAGCUGGAAUCGAUUGGCUGCCCGCAGGUUCAAUAACUAUGCCGUGGACAACGUAUUUUCAGGUAUGGCAAUUAGCGUUUCACCAGGAGCUUCGAGGGAGCCUCCGUCCAGUCGACAGACGCAACCAAAAGCCGUUGAAUGUUUCAGUAAUUAUUUUUUGCCGGACUUGCGUGGGGAGGACAAUGCGUACGGUCGUUUUCAAUAUUUGAAACUAGCCUGACGCUUGGCUGGGGGACAACUGAUUGGCCCGAGCACCGUCUCGCGGAAACAUUGCUCUUGCAGAGAACUAUUGCGGACUCCGUACUCCGUAGACAAACUAACAACUCAUCGCGCGCGCUGCCGAAAGUGACCGCGAGGCCGUGCUCCUAUCCACAUAGAAGGUAUGGAAGACACGGAUGACCGAGCAUAGGCGGGAAUCAGCACCAAGUGGCCGCCCAUUUUGGACGAACCGCGGGGGAGAAGACAUGAUGUCGUUUCUGCCCAAUUAAUAUUUUGCCGCAGUCUUAACACAGAAGAUGCCUGUUUCCUGUCGGGACGGAUUGGAAUUGUCGGACAAACAUAUCUCCAGCUAGUUUACCGACCUCCUCCCGCCGGCAGGGGGCCUGGGG